GCAGGAACUAUGGCUGUCGAUUUUGGUGAGGAAAACCGUGGCGAGUCUGUUUUGCCCGAACAGUAUCCGAAUGGUCUAAUACAUCAAGAGGGACAGAGCGUGAUCAAUUAUGUUACUGCUUCACAGUGUAUUCAGUAA